AUGGAUAUUAUAAGAUAUUAUAAGAAAGAUUAUUUAAUAAUAAUAAGAUAUUGUGGAAUAAUAAUUAAUAUAUUGUAAUAUAUCAUUCUUCCCCCCCCCUAAGUUGUCAAUUAAACCAUAUAAAAAUUCCUUAACCUUUACAUCUAAUAUAUUAUCAAGUAACUUUUAGAAUAUGGUAGAAAUCUGAACUAAAAUAUUAGAAAAUUAAAGAUAUUGAACAUUAUCUAAAUUAAGUUCCUACAAGGAUAAUACAUUAAAAGACUGAUAAAUUAAAAGUAAUAGAGAGAUCUGAAGUUCACGUGGGGUUAUUACCUAAUUGUUAAAGUGUUUCUAUUAUUAAUAAAUUUCACUUAUACUAUCUAAAAUUAAGAUAUUUCAGAAAAGUGAUCUUAUUCGAUUUUCUAGCAUGUCAUCAAUUACUUUUGCUAUCACCAUGAUGAUAACUUUGCUAAAUUUUAGUAAAUAUCAAUAUGAUAUUCAUAAGUAGUUUACUAAAAGUUUAGAAUCUUGAG